AUGGACUUUGUCAACAAGUUUACCGGCGGCCAGGGCCAGAGCGCCAACGAGCAAGUCGUCCAGGACAAGAGCUCGUCGGGCCAGCAAGCAGAGGGCUCCUCAGGCUUCCUCGGCGGCAUCGGCAACAAGCUGAACGAGGCGGCUGGGGGCGGCAAGGCCAGCGAGAAGAACGAAGACUACCUUGACAAGGGCGUCGACUUUGUCCAGGAAAAGGUCCUCGGCCAAGGCCCCCAGGACAACGAGUCUGCCGUCGAGCAAGCCAAGGACGAGCAGAUUAGCGACUUUAUCCGUGGACAGUACAAGAACACGACUGGCUCGGAUUUCCCCAUCAAAGACAAG